AUGUUGUUUAUACGUAAUGGGGUUGUGGUUGAUCCCGUCUCGAUUGCGCCGAGUGCUUCUGAUUCAGAUACUACUACUCAGACUUGGAGUCAGACUCUCACUACCACAGCUGCAUCGAACCCCUAUCAAACGUCGCCACCUGAUCUAAGGACGAACGAACCGACAAUUACAUAUGCGGGUUCGUCUACCGGUUCCAACAUAAGUAUGUGGGUGGCUCAACUAGCUAAGGUAUCGGCUUUGAGUAUAUCAAGUCUAACCUCGGCCUUAAGCUCGCAGUCUUCUUCCAGUUCUUUGGCUACCUCCACCUUGUCAGCAGUAGCCACAGCAACGGGCUAUUCCACGAUCACGCAGGCAUACAUCGGAUCAGUGACGAACAAAAACACCGUGCCUCCUAGUGAAACUGUACAGGUGACGGUUGUUGUCCAACUGUCUGGCUGCUAUACUACAAUCACAACAGGCUACGGCGGUAAAACAAAAUCCUAA